UGUGGCUUUCUCGUUACUGACUGAGCAGUUUGUGACAGUCAGUUUUCUACCAUGUCUGGACGCGGCAAGCAGGGCGGCAAGGCUCGCGCCAAGGCCAAGACCCGCUCGUCCCGCGCCGGCCUGCAGUUCCCCGUGGGCCGCGUGCACCGGCUCCUCCGCAAGGGCAACUACUCGGAGCGGGUGGGCGCCGGCGCCCCGGUCUACCUGGCGGCCGUGCUGGAGUACCUGACGGCCGAGAUCCUGGAGCUGGCUGGCAACGCGGCCCGCGACAACAAGAAGACGCGCAUCAUCCCGCGCCACCUGCAGCUGGCCAUCCGCAACGACGAGGAGCUCAACAAGCUGCUGGGCCGCGUGACCAUCGCGCAGGGCGGCGUCCUGCCCAACAUCCAGGCGGUGCUGCUGCCCAAGAAGACCGAGAGCCACCACAAGGCCAAGGGAAAAUGAGGCAUUUGACCAAAUCCACUUAAAGAAGUCAGACCAAAGGCUCUUUUCAGAGCCACCUACAAGAACACUGGGAGGAGCUGUUGUGCUUAAAAUGGUCGUUGGUCCUGUAAUCACUUCUAGGUGGACAUUUACAAACGUUGAGUACUGCCUGUGGUGUCCUCUUCCAAACUCCAGUUAGAUGGAAUGAGCAAAAGACAUCGUUCCUGCACACGUAGAGCGUGAGGACUAGCAGAAGACCACACUAAAAAAGUUAGACAUUCUGUUGGAUCUCCCAGCCUGCCUCGGGAUUCUGUGCUCACGAUCUUCUUCAUGUUAGACGGUGUUCAAAUGUGAAACUCAGAGGAAUAAGAAACCCCAGAUCUUCCACGUAUUCUUGUUAAUUUUCUUUUAUGAGACUCGGCCUUCUUCAGCGAAAGCAGAGCUGUGAGCAUACCUCCAGAACACCUAUAGAGAAGUGCCAACAUUUGGGCUCAAGCCAGCUCCAUCUCUUCCCUGGAUUUCAUAGCCGUGUGCUUGCCUGCAGCAUUCACUCUGGCUCUCAACAAACUUGGUUUUCAUCAGGGUAGUCUGUGUUGUUUUUUUUCCAUUGAAAACCUGAGUGGAGACGAUAAGCUCUUAAUGUGCCAUUCCAGUGAUGGGAUCUUCUCACCUCUGUCUCAUGCAACCCUAAGAUUCUUCAUGAUUUGUCUCCUGCCUACCUUUCUGACUUUGGGUCACCACCCCUACACACAUACACACUUGCAAGUAUGUAUUCACUCUCAUGCAUGUUUGUACACACACACACACACACACACACACACACACACACACACACACACCCCUUAUACACACCUAGGAAAUGUUCCUUCAGUUCCUGGUAUUGCCCAUUGUCGCAUCCUCCAGUUCUCUACCUGCAAAGCCUUCACCUCCCUGGAUACAACCAUCUCUUUAUUUAAAAAGGAAGGGUGGAGCGGUGGCCUGGGCGGAUGGCUCAAGGUUUCCGAGCAUUUGUGGCUCUUUCAGAGAACCUGGGUUCAGUCCUCACACCCACAUGGUAGCUCACAACUAUUUCAGUUCCUGGAGAUCUGAUGCUUUAUUCUGGCUUCUGUGAGCACCAGGGACACAUGUACAUAUAUAGUUACAUACACGCAGGCAAAACAUUCAUACACAUAAAGCUAAAUAAAUCAAAAGAAAAAGUUAAAAAAAAAUUUCAAAGUAAGAGUUCUUUAGGUUCUGAAUUGGAACUACAAAUAUGCAAUAAAUGCAAAUCUUUUGUAAAACUUUUAGGGGAAACUGUUUGUCAUUUAGCUAGUCUGAUAGUCAGGUCUGCAAUGGCAGGGCUCAGGAUGACUGUGAAUCUGAGGCCUUUUAAAUAGUGGUUUAAAUUUUAGUGUAAAUGCAAAUUAAAAAAAAGCCACGUGUUGUAGAUUACUUCAACAACUAGCUUGCAAAUGUACAUCCUUACACAUAAGAGUAAAGUGUGUUUGAAGAAAGAGUUGGCUUUAUUUGCACAAAGUUCCAGCCCAGUUCCACUCUACUCUGUUCAUGCAAAUGAGGGCCACAGCUCUGCAAUAUGGAAAGCUUUCAUUACUGAUUGCUUGG